AUGCUCCUUACAUUGGUGAUCAGUGGGAAGAAUGUUCCUUACAUUGGUGAUCAGUGGGAUGAAUGCUCCUUACAUUGGUGAUCAAUGGGAAGAAUGCCCCUUACAUUGCUGGUCAGUGAGAAGAAUGUUCCUUACAUUGGUGAUCAGUGGGAAGAAUGUUCCUUACAUUGGCGGUCAGUGGGAAGAAUGUUCCUUACAUUGGUGGUCAGUGAGAAGAAUGUUCCUUACAUUGGCGAUCAGUGGGAAGAAUGUUCCUUACAUUGGUGAUCAGUGGGAAGAAUGGCCCUUACAUUGGCGAUCAGUGGGAAGAAUGUCCCUUACAUUAGUGAUCAGUGGGAAGAAUGCUCCUUACAUUGAUGGUCAGUGGGAAAAAUGCUCCUUACAUUGGUGAUCAGUGGGAAGAAUGUUCCUUACAUUGGUGGCCAGUGGCAAGAAUGUUCCUUACAUUGGAGAUCAGUGGCAAGAAUGUUCCUUACAUUGGUGGUCAGUGGGAAAAAUGCUCCUUAUAUUGGUGAUCAGUGGGAAGAAUGCUCCUUACAUUGGUGGUCAAUGGAAAGAAUGUCCCUUGCAUUGAUGGUCAGUGGGAAGAAUGCCCCCCUUACAGACAGAUAA